AUGGAUUCACACCCGGAGAGAUGGUUCCGCGGUCAGGAACAGUUCGUUCUCCAGAUCAACUUCACGUCCAGCGGCGAGCAUCACCGCUCAAGGCCACUCCCAGUUUGCACAAGCAACGACUUGAAAUCGUCAGCACCAACAAAGUGGUGGGGGCAAUGGACGAGAUCACUGACUUCAAACGAGAACUCCUGCGAACUAGACCACGAUGGACGAUACCUCUGCCUGGACGGCGACGAGAAGUACUGCGAGACAACGUCCUCACGCUGCACAGGAACUCUGGCAAGCCUGGAAAGCAAUGGAUGGGUCUACUCGACUGGAACCUGCGAGUUCCAUCUCUGGAACCCGUCUGAGGCGUGGCAGUGCUUGGACGGGAAGAAGAUCUUCUUCUGGGGGGACUCAAACCAUCAGGACACCAUUCGCAACCUCAUGAACUUCGUGCUGGGAUUUCACCAGGGCCUGCUUCCACGGACUUUCAGCACCACUGUCGCCAAUCCUUCCAAUUCUUCGCAGAAGAUGGAAGUCGUGAGCGUUUUCAAUGGCCACCCGGAUCCAUCGAGAGACGACCGCGGUCUAGAAUCACUCUACGAACAGCAGUAUCGCGAGUUUGUGGAGGACGAGUUCUUCCGCGAUGGGUCUCCCGACGCGGUCAUCCUCAACUCGGGCCUCCACGACGGGAUUCGAUGGAACAGCGCGGCGGAAUUCGCCGCCGCCGCCGACUACGCCACGGCCUUCUGGAAGGAGCUCGUCAACGGCACAGGCACGAGAGUGAUCUUCCGCUCCACCGUCACGCCCGCAGGCGCAUCGAGAGGAAUGCAAUCCAACCCCGCCAAGAUGGAAGCCUUCAAUGCGAUACUCGGGGAGAAGAUCCGGCGCGCCAUGGAUCAUGCGAGAUUUGUGGAUGCCUACGACAUGACCUUUCCCUGGCACUACGAUCACUGCUGCAGCGAUGGAGGGCACUAUGGGCGGCCGCCAUCGCUCACGUCCUGGCAUGGCGGCAUCGGCCAUCGCUACUUCGUCGAUCUAAUGCUCGUCCACAUCCUCCUCACGGCUGUUUGCCCCAGUUAG